ACUCCCUUCCAUCCCAUACAACAUUUUGUAACGCAUCUCGUGAUUGCAAAUCGCCCGAUGAUUACGUAAUUGAUGAACGGCGCUUUUCGUAAAUUCGACCGGAUCCCAUAUUGUUUGUGUACUUGCAGGUUUGACGCACUAGAGAAGGAAAAGUUGCGGAUUAACUCCCUUCUCCGCCCGAUGUUACCGAAACCCAUGGCGGAUUUGUUACUUCAGCACAUGGACGUUCAACCCACGUGGCAUCCUAGCGCCACGGUCUGCAUCUCCGACAUCCGGGGCAUUAUUGAGGUCUCUGCCAGCAGUUCUCCCGUUCAAACCUUUGACAUUAUCAACAAGUUGAUCGCCUGCUUUGAUGACGUCAUUGCCGAGUACGAUUUGUACAAGAUUGAGACCAUCGGAGACGCUAAUAUCAUUGUGUCGAGUGUCUCCAAGCACGACAAUGUACACGCGUCCGAGAUUUGUUCUAUGGCACUGGACUUCCUGGAAAAAAACGAGCAGAUAACUCUGAUUGACCAAACAAAAGCCAGGUUUAAACUGAGGAUCGGCAUACACACAGGACCCGUGAUGGCGGCCGUGGUUGGAGCUAAAAUUCCUAAAUACUGCCUCAUUGGUGAAACGAUCACAGUGGUGACCAAACUGGCGUCUCUAGGAAAAGCUGGAAGAAUUCAAAUCAGCCAAUCAACAUACGAAGCUCUGGCAGACUGCAAAGAGUUCGUGAAAGGAGAAGUCAUUGACGAGGACAUCGUGGAAGAACUUGAAUCGUUUGCGUCGAUGACGGGUCGAUCACGUACGUUCUACGUAACACGUCGAGAACGGACCACGCGAUCUGCGGCGCCGUCGAUCUUGUCACUGAAUGAUGACGAGUCAGUUCCUGUCAGAUCGAGUACCAGUCAAUGGAACCGGAAGUUGACCCGAACCGACACCAAUAGAAACGAUAUGUGAAGGGGUGGGGGUGGGGGUGGGUCACAAGCAAAGCACAUUUUGUUUAUAAAAUAUAGUACAUGCAGAACGAACAAAAGUAAAUGUUUUGGGCAGCAGGUGAAGGGCGAAAGAAGAAGAAGAAGUUUGUUUUGUUUAAAGACACCACUAGAGCACAUUGAUGUAUUAAUCAUCUGCUUUUGGAUGUCAAACAUUUGGUUGAAGGGCGAAAGAGUCACAGAGACCCAGGUACCUAAGGCCUAUUAUUAUUUAUUGUUAUUAUUAUUAUUAGUUUGUUUGUAUUGAAAUGUUUAAAUUGUGCAUAUAAUUAGGUGUAUUAACUAAAAUUAGAGUAUUUUAGUUAAAUAGUGAAUUAGAUGGUGAGAAAUUGAAAAUCCAACAAGUUAUUGUAGACAUCUGAAAAUUGCUUAAUUGGUGUGAUUUUGUUUUUGUUUUGUUUUGUUUUUGUUUUUGGUUUUGUUGUUUUUAUUUUUAUUUUGUUUGCGAGUUGCUCGCACAAUUCUAGUUUUGCGUAAUCGAUUUUUCGUUUUUGAACAUUAUGUAACUCUGAGAAUGUCCCGUUUAACAAACAGUUAAAAAAUAUUGUUGAAGUAUGUUUUAAGUGAACUUUUUUCUUAGUUUUAAUUUUUUUUUUUUUUUAAACGCCACUUGUAGCAUUUAACACAGAGACAAAGUAUUUUCAUUUCGGUAUGGGACUACUUGACAGGGCCGUGCUUAACGCUUGCUACAUCAGUUGACCUAUCUCGGUAUCACCCGAGUCCGGGGUACACGGAACCUGCAGUGCAUGCCGAGUAAUCAUCCCCCAUGUGGGGUCAUACACUUGAGGGAGACACCCACAAUUGCACCCGUGAAAUGGGUGAAAUUAGUGUAUGUGGCCUUACACCUAUCCAUUGAGCCUAGCAGUGCAUUCACUCUGGGUUGGAGCUGGUACUGGCAUGAAAAAUCCCCCAUUGCAUCAGAAAAAAAAGAGAGUAAAGUUUGUUU